AUGGCUAAAUUUGUACAAAUAAAUCUAGGUCGCAGGCGACCUGCACACGAUCUGCUAAAGCAAACAAUAAUAGUGAACAAUAUAGACAUUUCAAUAGUGAGUGAACCGAAUAAAAUACUCAUAAAAGACUCAAAAUGGUACGUUGAUGAAAAUUUUGAUGCAGCUAUAGGCAUUACCAAUAACGAUAUUCGUGUCCUAAAUAGCGGACGAGGCAAUGGCUUCGUGUGGAUUGAAUACACAGAAUUAGUCGUUUUUAGUUGUUACAUAUCACUUAACCUCACAUUAGAAGUAUUCGGAAUAAUUCUGAACCAACUCAAAGACGCCAUUGGAACGCGCAAUAAGAAAUGCUUAAUAGCUGGAGAUUUUAACGCGAAGGCGGCAAUAUGGGGGUCGAUUGAAAAUGACAAAAGGGGUGAUAUGUUGUCUGAAUGGGCCGCAGACCUAGAUUUGGUUUCACUAAAUCAUGGAAAUACUCCUACUUUUUCCCGAGGAAACAGUUCAUCACAUAUAGAUGUCACCUUUGUCUCAAAUGAUAUAAACAAAAUGUUUGGGAGUUGGCAAGUACUGGACCAAGAAACAUUGUCUGAUCACAAUUACAUCUUCUUUGAGAUACCGUCUUUAGAAACACAAAAAGUAGCUCCUGAAAAAAUUAUUAAAGGAUGGAAAAUAGAAGAAAAGAAAAUCCAAUACUUCAUAUCUGAGAUAAAACAAAAAAUACGAGAAGAAACAGACACCCUAAACCCUCAAGGUCUCAUGGCGGCUAUUAAAAAGGCUUGUCAACGCACAUUUCAGCCCACAUACAACUAUAGUGGAAAGAGAAAACCAGUAUACUGGUGGUCAUCACAGAUCAGUGAGGCCAGAAAAGAAUGCCUUUGUAAAAAGAGAUACAUGACAUGUGCAAACAGAAUAUCCGGAAGCACAGUCGAAGAAAGAGAGAAAGCAAGAGCCGAAUAUAAAGAAAAAAGAAAUUACUUGAAAAAAAUGAUAAAAGACGCGAAGAAACACUCCUGGAAAACUGUUAUAGAGGAAGUUCAAAACGAUGUUUGGGGAAAAGGCUACCAAAUAGUGACAAAAAGAUUUCUACUAAGACCGAAAACAGAAAUCUCACAGGAUAUCAUACCUAAGGAAGCAAGUGGACUAUUUCCAAAAUAUGAAAUAACCACCUGGCCACAUAUUGACAUGGUGAGGACGGAUAUAAUACCAUGGACACAGGAAGAACUUGUAACGGCAGCAAAUAAAAUAAAACCAAAGAAGGCGGCUGGACCAGAUAAGCUAUCACCAGUGUGUAGUGUGUAG